CCAUCGGGCCGAUUGCAAGGGGCAAACGGAGGGGUAACUCCUGAACAGAGUCCUCACAAGAGGGAUCUGUAGCACAAAGGAGAGGACCGGGGAAGAGGACGCUGCAAGGAAGCACGUCUCGCGGGUCCAGAGUGGAAUCAUUGCACAUGCUCUGUAAGCUGGCAUCUGCAAGCGGUGGCAGUGGAAGGACCGCAGGUGAGGUUUCAAACUAUUGACAACAUACAUGCCACCCUGUGGGAUUCCAGCUCCAUCGUCCGGACACUGUGUUGGCAUCGCUUCUCCCUCACCCUGCUGCAGAAAGAUGGUAGUGCUAUGAAGCUGUGAGGGGAUUGUGCUGCUGCGUAUCUGCGCCGUUCACCUGAAGUCAACACAAUGGCCACACAAACCCACCCCCCCUCUGGGGUUUUUUAUUUCCACCAACAUUGUGGAAGAUCCAUCAGAGAUGAUACCACAUGAAGUUUAUGGAGCUCAAUUUAUGAGCUGGAGUGGCUGCAUCUUCUCUGGAUUGAGACCUGGAGCUGUAUGCUAGUGACCAUCCUAGCAAAGGGGAAAAAAAAUAACACUCAGAAAGAGAGACCGUGGAAGUGUCAACAAGGACAUUCAAAACAUAUCAGGCACAAUGAAAUCCAAUCAGGAGCGGAGUAAUGGAUGCCUGCCACCUAAAAAGCGAGAGAUCCUGGCACUGGAGCAGAGGCCAGUGGUAGUAGCUGCUGCAACUCCUCCUGUGGUCCAUCCUGAUCCCACUCCUCACACUGAGAACCUUGCAUGGCUGGCAAAUGUAGCCAGUGAACGGUGCAGGUCCAGAGACACAGAGAGUCCAAGACGUCCCAACUCUUCCACUUCCUCCUCUUCUCCUCCCCCUUCCAUCCCAACGUCAUGUACUCCCCUGUCUGCAGUGACGCUUGGCUCCCUACCUGCAGUCUACUCGACAACCAUUCCUCAGCACACGGGAACCAUCCAGUUUGCACAGCUCGGACCUAAUGUUCAGUUCAUCAGUUCUGGGCCCUACGCUGGCUACAUAUCUUCUCAUGUGGUCCCUGCAAAUACCAGCUCCGUGGGACAGCGCUCCCAGCUGGAUGGUUACACCACCGCCCUGAUAUCACCUAACACCAAAGGAGAGCAGCAGUUCCAAAUUGGCGUCCCUCCAACAGAGCUUGCCCCUGUUACCCUUUCAAACUCUCCACAAAUAACCAACCAGUACAUACAUCUCGAUAACAGAACACCUCUGACCGUCAGUGGAACCGCCAUCUCAUCACCUGGAGCCCACCUCCAGCUCCACCCUCACUCUGCUGUCCUCCCUCAAACACUCACCCUUGCUCCCUCGCAGCUGCUGGUUCAGUAUUCAGAUGGUUUUGUGGGAAAGAAACCAGAGGUGCAUGCCAAGGGUAUGCUGAAUGGCGAGCUUGAAGUCGUCAAACAGAUUAAAGCUCCUACUCAAAUGGUAAAUCAUCAUCAAGUCCAGAGUUAUGAGGCUAGACACAUUCUUGUGCCUGCAGAGUAUGGCCAGAACCCAUCCGGACUCCAGACCUCAUUGGUACUUGUAGCCCAGCCAAACCAUGGAGCUGAUCAGGAACAGAGCACCAAUAAGAUUUCCUUACUUCAGACCGAGAAGGGCAGCAUCUGUUUGGGGAAACCGAUGUCUAGAUCUUCUUCUUUCUCCUCCCUCUCAUCGUCAGAGGUGGUGAAAACUAUCGCCCCCCAUGCAGUCAUGCAGGCCACUCUUCCCGCUGAAGAAAUACCUGUCAGUCUUUAUUCCUCCACACAAGCUCCAAUCAUCGGCUAUUUCACCAGUGCCAACCAGCAUGCAGUUAGUUAUCACACAGCACUGCCUCAGCACUUGGUCAUUCCUAGUGGUCAGUCCUUGCUCAUCCCAGUCAGCAGCGCCAACAAUGGCACAGAAACAGAGGUGAGCCGUGCUGUUAGCUCCCUGACUGCUACCACAACACCCCAGAUAUCCACUGCCAUGCCUCAUGCCUAUCUCGCCACAGCCCUGUCCAAAUGUGAGCCAAUUGGCACAGAUGGAAAUCAAGUACCCCGCGCUGUAGCCCCAGCACACCCUACCUUGCCCUCAAACCCAGCCCCUGCAGUGGUGACAGCUCCCUCUCCAGUCCCAGCUCCAAUCCCUGUUUCUGGCAAUGCUCCAGUCUCCACUUCCAUCCAAGCUUCUCCCACCAUCUCCUCUCCUUCCUCCCCCGUGGCCCUACCGCCAUUCUUCAUGAGAGGUUCCAUCAUUCAGCUCGCCGAUGGGGAGCUGAAGCGUGUGGAGGAUCUCAAAACCGAGGACUUCAUUCAAAGCGCGGAGAUCAGCAGUGAACUGAAGAUCGACUCCAGUACCGUUGAGCGUAUCGAUUGUGGCCAGACUCCCAACGCUGUGGUCAUACAGUUUUCUGUUGGGGAGCUCAAAGCCCAGGUGUGUGUGGAGGUUCUGGUGGAAUAUCCCUUCUUUGUAUUUGGUCAGGGCUGGUCCUCCUGUUGUCCUGACCGGACCACUCAGCUAUUUGAGCUGUCCUGUGCUAAGCUGUGCGUGGGGGACGUCUGCGUAUCUCUGACACUUCGCCGGCUGAGAAAUGGUUCGCUACAAGACACCGAAGCUUUGGGGGCCAGGCUGAAGACGGCCCGAAUGUCGGACCCCUGCAACAACACAGAGCUCAUGAAUCAGAGGCCAAACACUGCAACCAGUAACACCGGUCUUCUUAUGAAGGCCUCUGGUGUAGAGAGAGUGCAGACAUCUGCACCUGCGCCAGGACGAGGGGGACCAACCCAAAUGGGACUAAAUCCGAGAUCAGUGGAAGGAAUCUCUGGAAUUGCAGAUGUGAAAAUAGAUAUGGCCACACCGUCCAAAAUCCAGUGCAGAGAUCCAGAAAGAACCUCUGUUCGAAAGAGAAGAUGGUCCGCUCCAGAGCGGGACCAGACUGAGAGAGCAGAGGGGGAGCCUCCGUCAACUCUGCCCUCCAUCAUCCCUCAGGAGGUAAAAAUCAGCAUAGAGGGCCACUCAAGCAGCGGCAGAGAAAGAUGCUUGAACAAACCGUAGACUGUCUGGGGAGCCAGGGGGGCUAAAAAACGAAAUUUAUUGGCAUUGUGUUCGCGCCCUGUUGUGUUCUCUCUACUGAGACUACUAUAAUAACAUUGCAGAGUUGACACAGGACCACCAUUUUAUUUCUGCCAUUUGUCGGAUGCCGAGUGCAGUGAGAGGUCGCACACUCAGUGCAAUCAGUGCAAUCAAUGCUGAAAGCAAAAAUGAAUGCAGUGUGAAUGUGGAGCGUGUGUUGCUAAGAUUCCUAUUAGCAUGUCAGAACAGAUGCCCAUGUGGAGAAGGCGGGUCGUCAGUUUUUUUGGGUAGUAGUUACGUCACAAGUACAAUUAAGAGGGGAAAAACGACCACUUCAAAUUAAUAUUUGCCAAUAUUAAUUUGGUAAUAAUCAUACCAGAGCUCUUUGACGCGUCACACAUCUGUCGAAUCUUUACUAUCGCUCAAGCUUUCACACCGCAGCGAGUGUGUGUGUUGGUGUGUUUUGGGCACACAGAGCACAUGGGGUCGGGUUUGAAUGUAAACCACUUUUUGUCCUCAUGUUGUAAAAUCAAAGCUGUGUUGUUUGCUGCACCAGCGUUGCGUGAGUUUGAUAUUUGAUGCGUUUGCAAUAUGUGUGCGGCAGUGGUCGCACAUACACACAUUCCUUAUACAACUAUACUAAAGAGAUUGUGCAACGGCAAUAUUCAGGUGUCGUCAAACCUCGCUGUUAUGCAGCAUUUCUAUGAUAAAGGGAACCGAGACACGGCCAGUGAUGUACUGUAUCCUGAUAUGUGCAUAGCAAGUGUCAAAACAAGCAUGUCAUUGAAACCCUUUUGUACCUUUGGUACUUGACUUUUACAACUUCAGAACACAUGUAUACCUUUACAUACUGUAGGCGCUGUGCGGUGCAUUGGUCUAUAUUGUACGGAUUUAGAUUGGAAUAUGAACAAGAGCAGGCAAGUCCACUGCAUCAAUCCUGGGCCACUUUAAAGCUGCACAGCAACAAAGCAGCACUGCAUUUUUAAACAUGGCUGACGUGCCAGCAAACCAUUGCCUUAUUAUGCAUCUGCAUCAGACAGAAUGCGACCUCAACCUGCUUUUGGCGUAAAGUAGCCUGCCAGAUUGAAUUUUUUGCUCCAGUCUUGUUCGCCAGAAAAAUAUGUGAUCUUCCAGUUUGCUACAUCACCAUCUGCAUUCUCCAUUUGCACCCUCACGACAAACUAAAUGCCACUUCUCACCUGCUCAGUACUACUAGCUCUACUUCACCACGGGGUAGUUGGUUUUCCACUUUUACAAAGCAAACUGCGAAAACUUCUCCACAUUGAACGCAUCAGUAUAUUAAGUGUCCGGUAAAAAAAAAUAGCCACGUGGAGAUUGUGGGCAACUGCAGCAAAGUGGAGACUGUGGAGUAUGAUACUGCACUGUGUCCACAUCUAAAGCCCAGUAAGCAAACAUUACCUUUGUUUAUCUUUGUAAAUCCUCAAAUACUACAAUGUUAAUGAAAAAUUCUGCCCCACUGAUGAGCAACCAGCAAUGGAUUUCCUUUACCACAGGUGUCAAACUUCUGGCCCACAGGCCAGGAAUAUAUACACAUUAAGGUGCAUAAGGCCUGCAUGGCAAAUUCCAUCAAAUAAGAACUUAAACUUGCUCCAAGUGUACUCACCACUACAUACAGUAUACAUUGUAUGUCAAAUAAAUAACACCGCUGGCCACAGGUGUCAAACUCAAGGCCAGGGGGGCCAGAUAUAGCCCGCCACAUCAUUUUAUGUGGCCUGCAAAAACCUCGACACAUGAGUCAAUAGGGCAUUUUGUCCUUUUUGCCAAACAUGUUUCAAUUUUGAAAGAAAAAAAUGCACGGCAUGCAACUGCAGUUCUUCUUUAACUCAGUAUUAUUUGAGGCAAAUAGCUAUUCCGGGCCAUCCAUCCAUCCAUUUUCCUCUGCUUAUUUGAGGUCGGGUCUCAAGAGCAGCAGCCUAAGCAAAGAAGCCCAGACAUCCCUCUUCCUAGCCACUUCGUCCAGCUCCUCCCGGGGGAUACCGAGGCAUUCCCAGGCCAGCCGGGAGACAUAGUCUUCCCAACGUGUCCUGGGUCUUCCCCUUGGCCUUUUGCUGGUCGGACGUGUCCCUAAUACCUCCUGAGGGAGGCGUUCUGGUGGUAUCAUGAGCAGAUACCCAAACCACCUCGGCUUUACUCUGAGCUCCUCCCGGAUGACAGAGCUUCUCACCCUAUAACUAAGGAAGAGUCUAAGGAAGAGACCCGCCACCCGGCAGAGGAAACUCAUUUCGGCCGCUUGUACCCGUGAUCUUGUCCUUUCGGUCAUAACCCAGAGCUCAUGACCAUAGGUGAGGAUGGGAACGUAGACCGACUGGUAAAUUGAGAGCUGAGCCGGAAGGCAAAGCUCUCAAUUUACCGUCCUUCACCACAACGGAUCGGUACAGUGUCAGCAUUACUGAAGACGCCGCACCGAUCCGCCUGUCGACCUCACGAUCCACUUUUCCCCCACUCAUAAGCAAGACUCCUAGGUACUUGAACUCCUCCACUUGAGGUAAGAUCUCCUACCCAACUUGGCAAUGGCACUCCACCCCUUCCCGGGCGAGAACCAUGGACUCGGACGUGGAGGGGCUGAUUCUCAUCCCAGUCGCUUCACACUCGGCUGUGAACCGAUCCAGUGAGAGCUGAAGAUCCUGGCCAGUUGAAGCCAUCAGGACCAAAUCAUCUGCAAAAAGCGGAUACCUAAUCCUGCAGCCACCAAACCGGAUCCCCUCAACGCCUGACUGCGCCUAGAACUUCUGUGCUUAAAAGUUAUGAACAGAAUUCUACAAUAGCUGAACUUUAAUUUGUGGUUGUCCCUUUCACUGAUUGCAAAACCAGUUUUCCAUCAUUUUGUUCGCAAACACAGAGAUAAUAAUUGUCUAGUAAUAUAAUUUGGCCAUUUUGCAUCAUUGUUGUAUCACAAAUUACUAGUAGAAGGCAGCCAUUACUAUGAUGUGGCCCACAGAAUAAAUCAGUUUUGACACUCCUUCAUGGGCCACGGUGGUAUUAGGAAGAUGCAGUGUGCUAACCAUUCUCACUUACGGUGUCAUAAUACAAUUGAGGUAAAAAUAAUUGAAUUGCACACAAUUAAUAACAAUACCACUUUACUUUAACCUGGCCGUACAAAAUAAUACUUUACAAACACAGUUGAAAAUGGUAAUUCUAACAACAAGAAGGUAUGCUGGCAAACACUUGCUUCUCAGACUUGCCAACCUGAUUGAGCGUAAGACUACCGAAAAUUGACCUUGUCUACCGACAUCCCGACUGAAGUCACAAACCUCCUGGAUUCUGUAGUUUUCGUGUACAUAUAAAAUACUGUAGCUUUUGUCCGUAUGUAAAAAGGAUGACAACAACAAUCACUUCAUUAAAACAAGCAACCACACCUGUCUCAAAAUGCACAGGAAUUGGUUCUCACUCAUAUUUAUCUCACCCUCGGUUUUCCCCGCGCUUAGUCCACUCACCAGUCCUGAUGCAUUUACGGACACGCAGACUGUCCUGUAAUAGAACUCUUCAAGCAGGACCUAAUCCUCUUCGGCCUGCGAUCUGAAGUGUGAUUGGAAUUUUGGCCCCCUGUGCGAUAGAGUUUGACACUCCUGACCUAUACGGUAUCAUCUUGGCAACUCCGGCUAACCAGGCACUAGAAAUAGUACCUGCUUUGUGAGCUAAGUACUAUGCAGUGGAAAAGAGGCCUAAUGGUCUGUGACCCUAAGAGCCCAAUCAGUUCGAAUGUUCCCCAAAUACUGUUUCGUCUCAGCUUGUUUAUUUCUUUUGUCAUUUUGGAGUUUUAGGUCAGGGCUAUUCAACUGGCCAAGUUUAGCCCGUAAAUGACAUCAGACAUGCACGCCAUUUCUGUUCACGACAUUGUAGCGACCAAAAUUAAGGCAGCAAAUUUCUGAAAAACAGCUCAGUGUUGCUGUCAUAGAGGAGGAUCUUUGACCGGCAUUCAGUUCUAUUUUAAGGCUUCAUUUCUGACUGUAUGUGUGACCUCAGUUGGUGAGGUCACACAUUUGAAUGGACAUUUUCAAAUGAUAGCACCUAAUAUGUGGGAUUACGUGUCCCGGGAGAACACUUGAGUGAAGUAGCCCUGCUCUAAGUCAUACUCUCCAACGAACGAGCCAAUAUGCCAAAAUGUUUUUGUAAGUGACGGCAACAAAUAAAGACAACAAAACAACCAGGUAAAAAAAUGAAACGCAAGAUGGUCAAUAUUUAUUAAGAACUUUAAGAGUUUGAUUGAUUGAUUGAUUGAAACUUUUAUUAGUAGAUUGCACAGUACAUUACAUAUUCCGUACAAUUGACCACUAAAUGGUAACAACCGAAUAAGUUUUUCAUCUUGUUUGAGUCGUGGUCCACGUUAAUCAAUUCAUGGUAAUUCUAGAGUCCAUUUUAUAAUUGUGUUUGUUCACUUAUUUAAGAUAAUGAAAAGUUCCUGACCAUCCAAUUACAUUGGUAGAAAAAUACCAAUGAGAUAUUAAAGUUUAUCGUGUUUGAAAGGGUUACUUUCAUCAUUAUUAUAUACCGUAUUUUUCGGAUUAUGAGUCGCUCCGAAGUAUACGUCGCACCGGCCGAAAAUGCAUAAUAAAGAAGGAAAAAAACAUAUAUACGUUGCACUGGAGUAUAAGUCGCAUUUUUGGGGGAAUUUUAUUUGAUAAAACCCAACACCAAGAAUAGACAUUUGAAAGGCAAUUUAAAAUAAAUAAAGAAUAGUGAACAACAGGCUGAAUAAGUGUACGUUAUAUGACGCAUAAAUAACCAACUGAGAAGGUGCUUGGUAUGUUAACGUAACAUAUUAUGGUAAGAGUCAUUCAAAUAACUACAACAUAUAGAACAUGCUAUACAUUUACCAAACAAUAUGUCACUCCUAAUCCAUAAAUCCGAUGAAAUCUUCUUCCUCGAUGUCGCUUCUAAACAACUCUGCCAACUCCAAAUGUAUGCACCGCUUCCUCUUGUCGUUUUCUGCUGCAUAUUUCACUAGGUCCAACUUGUAAUCUGCAGUACAUGAUUUCCUCUUCGGUGCCAUUUUUGUUCAGUCCUUCUCAGUUUUUAUAAAUUACCGCCAACGAUGAAAUGAUCCAUCUUAACAGCUACGGCAGUACCGUAUAGCAUAUAGCAGUUAGCAUUCCAUGACCCACAAUGCACUUCUGCCAUGACCCUCCCCCGCCGAAUUCUUAUUGGUGAACGUGUGUGUUACGAUUGCUAACAUUUUGUUUGUCUCUUCUGCGAAUGAGAUAAACAAUAUUAUUUGAUAUUUUACGAUAAUGUGUUAAUAAUUUCACACACAAGUCACUAUGCAAAACAAAUGCGACUUAUAGUCAGAAAAAUACGGUAUUAUGAUUACAUUAGUACUUUCAUUUGGUCUGACAAUAAUAUCAAUGUAUCGUCCAGCAAAAUGUGAUAUCAAAACAACUACCUGUGCUGAAAGCGCAAAGCAUGAAAAAAACUUACAUACACAUUGACAAAAAAGCAUGGUCAAUAGGGCCGAAAGUGUCUGAUAUGUCAGGUAAUCAUUGUGUUGUUAGAGAUGUUACAAAACCAUGUUGGCUGACGAUUAAGAACAAGGCCAACCUCUUUUCCCCUAUGAAGUUCUUUCUACACCUGCUACUAUCUGGUAUUUCCUUGUAAGAAUAGAGCCAAAAUCCUACAGUUCAUACUCAGGAAGGGUGUGUGUUUGUGUGUGUGUGUGUGUGUGUGUGUGUGUGUGUGUGUGUGUUAAUGUAAAUGGACGAUCACAUGUGUUUGUGUACAUUCUGAGCAGCAGCACUUUUGGAGAAGCACCCGGCGGGUGUAGGACACCCCACGGGGGUUAAUCAGCGGACUGUUUUUUCAUCCUGUCCUACACGUGUAACGAUGGCAGGGAAUGUAAACACUUACGGGACAAACUAUCUCACAUUUAUUUUUGAUGAUGGAUAGAGCUACUCUUUAGAGAAAGACUUACUGAGAGCCGGCCAGUGUUGAUUUGUACAGUAAAGUGUAUCCUAGCGAGUGUACAGUGUGUGUAUAGAUAUUCUACCCCCUAUGUAACCUAUGUACUGGAUGUGCCACGGGCGCCCCUUUUCUUCAAUCAUUCCAUUGACGCACCUGUCCAAAGUGGCCCCCGCUCAUGAAUGUGACGCCGCCUUUUCAACCUGGCCUCCUUGUCCUCGCACAGCGUACAAAUCCCCAUUCACCGUGACAGCCAGUGACCUUUUCUAACUCCUGUGAGGUGUUUUUUUUCUUCCUGUAAACCCCAAAAAAAGACAAACAAACCCAGACUGUUCUGUUUGUGUUCUGCUCCGGCUAAACACUGCCCGCUGACUGUUCUCCCGACCCACGCUCUUCACCUCAAUGUACCGCCACGCAGACACAAUACGGGUUCCGCUUGGUUUUCUUUCAUGUUUCAUUUAUUUACAGGGUAAAACGGAAGGUUUGUUUUGCGUUUAUUCUGCAACUAUGUUUACUUUAUCUUCCUAAUUGAUAAUGUAGGGGGAGGAAUGUUAGGGUCACACUGAACAAGAACAUUCACGAGACCAAGUCUGAACAUUUUGAGAAAACAAGGUUAUUAAAAAAACAACAACAACCAAAUAAAGACAGUCGUACAAGUGAAAAGUGUGAUAAUCAUUGAGGAACAAAAAAGACAAAAUGAAUAAAUAACUUAAAUGUGUCAUCAAUUAAUUAGGAAUUAAACACAUAAAUGUGUUAAUAACUGUAUCAAUAAUGUAUUUAAUGCAAAAGUACAUUUUAAUUAUGUUAUAUUUUAAUUAAUUAUUGAGUUCAUGAUUUUAACAUUAAAUUAAUUAUUUCAUUAUUUUAAUAAUUGAUGUGAUUAUUUCACAAACCUCUAUAUUAUGGAGGGUCAAAUGGGAAAAAAAAGAAACAAAAAUGGAUAUCUUUGAAUAAUGUGUCAUUAACAAAUUAAAAUUGGAAUUAAAUACUAUUUAAAGUAAAAGUGUGUUCAAUCAUUUAAUUAUUUUUGUAUUUCAUGAUAUAAAUAUUUUAUGAAUAAAUCCAUCCAUCCAUCCAUCCAUUUUCUAUUGCUUAUUCCGUUCAGGGUUGCGGGGGGGGGGGCUAUCUCAUUCACACUCUAGGGCCAAUUUAGUGUUGCCAAUCAACCUAUCCCCAGGUGCAUGUCUUUGGAAGUGGGAGGAAGCCAGAGUACCCGGAUAGAACCCACGCAGUCACAGGGAGAACAUGCAAACUCCACACAGAAAGAUCCCGAGCGCAUGAUCUAGCCCAGGACCUUAGAUCGUGAGGCAGACGCACUAACCCCUGUCACACCGUGCUGCCCAUAAUAAAUCAUUUAUAAAAAAAUGCUUCAUGAACCGCUGUGCUUCAUGAAUUGAUUUUAGCUGUCUGAAGCCUGGAACUUCGAAGUCUUUCAAAACAUUGCGGCUGCGGAGGAUAAACUCAUAGUUUUUCGGGAGUUGGAAGUACUGUAGAUAUUUGCUACCUUGCGGAAGAUGUGGAAGCAAAACCUGCCGAUCUAGAGCAUGUGGAAGUUAAAGGGGAAUGGCCAUUUGAAAGAAAAUGUUGCUUAUCGUUCACAAUUUUAUGAGAGACAAGAACACACGUCUUUUUCUUUUUAGGAUUUUAAAGAUGAUAACAAACCGCUUGGAAGACGCAGCUAAUGGGACUCACCACUGCAGCCUUCAAAGCCCUCGAAAACUACUUUAAAACCCUCCAUCAGUGUUUUAUCUACACACUGCAAGUCUAUAUAUAAUGUAAUAACAGACAUGUUCAUAACAACAUGCAAUAUGUACAAUAUUUACUGUAUUUUCGUCAUUUUAAAUAUUGCCGAAACUAAUUCUUCGGUGCAUUUAUUUCUGUUUCCAGAGCAACUGACUUCUGGCAACAAAUGUGUGUUCCUACUUCCAGAAACAAACGCGAGUUUGUGCUAAUCAUGAAGAACUUGGUAACAGACAACAAAGACGACUACUUUUGGACUAAGGAGGAUUCACAACCUUAUCUUUUUGAAGCUGAAUAUACGGGGAUGAACUACUGGUUAAAGAAGCGAGCACGGAGAAGAGGGUGAGACGAUGGAGCAGACGGAAACCGAGAGAAAGAAGUCGGCGUGACACAAAUCUGCAAAUGUGUAAUUAGGAGACAUGCUAUUUCGACAUAAAUGGCGUGAUUACCCCCAAAUAAUCCGUGAAAAAUUGUCCCGGCCUGCUGGACCAAACAGACAACUGUCCAUCCAGUGAGUCACACUUAAUAUCGAUCAUGAUACAUGCAGCACGUCAUGCGCGUUAUUAAAACUAUGGUACAUAUGCUGUCUGGCUAGCUGUGUACUAACAAAUCAUGAAAUAUCAGCUAAUACUUUACAAAUACUGUUAUAUGAUUGUUCAUGUUUUUCAGCCAGUGCCGAUUGCUGUC